CUUUUUGCCCUUUCCCACUUGAAAGAUUCCAAAUGACACACACAACACAACCCCAACAAAGAAUGACCAACAACCAACUUCCACCCUCUAUUUAUUCCUUCCUCCAUUUCCUUUCCCUUCUCUCUUAAUUACAACCAAAUCAAAAGAAUUUUCCCUUUCCUUAAUUAACAAUAAUUAUGCCUUCUCUUCACUCCAGCCCUUUCAUGGACAAUUCCGCCUUCCUCCCUCUCCUCCGCCACAUCUCCAAACGCCCCAAAUCCUCCUCCUCCACUUCCUCCUCCGCCUCCGCCUCCAGCGCCGGCGGAGGUCUCCUCAAAAUGUUCAAAUUAUUCCCAAUGUUAACCUCCGGCUGCAAAAUGGUUGCCCUCCUCGGCCGUCCCAGAAAACCUCUUUUAAAAGACAACGCCACCACCGGCACAAUUUUCGGCUACCGUAAAGGCAGAGUAAGCUUAGCGAUUCAAGAAGACCCUCAUUGUCUUCCUAUUUUCGUAAUCGAAUUGCCGAUGCAGACGGCGGCGCUGAACAAAGAAAUGGCGUCCGACAUUCUGAGAAUCGCGCUUGAGAGCGAGACGAAGAGCCACAAGAAGAAAGUGAUGGAGGAAUUCGUGUGGGCUGUUUAUUGUAAUGGAAGGAAAAUUGGGUAUUCGAUUAGAAGGAAACAAAUGUCGAGUGAUGAACUUCAUGUUAUGCAACAUUUGAGAGGCGUUUCAAUGGGUGCCGGAGUUCUGCCGUCGCCGGCGUCGGAGAAGGAUAAUUUGGAAGGGGAAUUGACUUAUAUGAGAGCCAGAUUUGAAAGGGUUGUUGGAUCUAAGGAUUCUGAAGCUUUGUAUUUGAUUAAUCCUGAUGGGGCGGCCGGCCCUGAGUUGAGUAUUUUCUUCGUCAGAUCUCAAUAAUAGACUAUAAUUUUUUU